CCCAUCAUGAAAACGUCGGAGAAUAUUACGGCACGAAAAAUGUCCGUUUACUGGCUGACGUUAUUGCUUUUGAACGGAAUAUACGUGUAUCCGGGCCAUGGCGGCAAUAGAGUCGGACGUAUCGCGGCCGCGGCUUACCCGUGGAUCAUAUGCGCGUUCUGGGCGUUCAUUACAACGUCGGUGACCACGUCGCUGGCCUUGCGGGCCACCAGUUACGAGGAGGCGGUUGAGAUGCUGACGUACAUCACCGGCUCGUCGUCCACGUUGGCGCUGUUCGCCAUCGGCGUGCGCAACCGGCCCGGGCUGCACCGGAUGCUGGACGCGGUGCGGCGCGACUUCUGGGACGACGGGCGCCGGCCGGCCGCGGACGUGCUGUUCUCGCGGUUCGUGCGCACUUAUGGCGCCGUUUUGCCGAUCGCCAACGUGAUGAUGUGCAUGACGCCCGUCGUCUGGGCGGCCCGCAACGGCGACAUCCACUCGCCGGCCGCACUCAUAUUCCGCAUGUGGACGCCGUGGACGCGGCUGACGACCGCCCGGUACGCCGUUGUGUACGCCGCCCAGUUUGUCGUCUCGCUGAGCGUGCUGACCAGCAUCUCGGGCAUGGUGUUCGCCAUGGUGCUGUUCGUCACCGAGAUGCAGGUGCAGGUGGAUACUCUCGUCGACGCUGUUCAAGAUCUGCACGUGGACAUGUGGUACGGCGACGGCGAUGGCCGCCCGGACGCGCACCCUGACCGGCGCCGCCGUGCCGCGUUUGACGGUCUAGUCAGGUGCAUAAAACACCAUCAGGCGCUCAUCACGUACUUCAAUCAUUUCAAAUCAUAUUUUAAUUUGUUAUUCAUUGUCGAUAUUCUAUAUAUCAUGGUGAUGACAUGUUUAUGUGCUAGCAGCGUGUUAAUGGCCAAUGGGUUUUCAGCGUUUCAUAUAAAAAUGAUGUCUCUUCUCGUAAUAGUGGUGUCUCAAUUCUUCUUCUAUUGCUUGAUUGGCGAACAAUUUUCGACAAUGAACCAACAAAUCGGAGAUUGCGUCUAUUUCAAAUUAGUGAAAUGCAAGGAUUCAAUGUUGUCUCGGGCUGGCCUUUUGAUAAUUCUGAGAACACAAAAACCGUUACAAUUAACUGCGAUGGGUAUCACCACGUACACAGCUUCGCUGUUCACAUUUACAGUUACGAUGAGGUCUGCUUACGCGGGACUCAAUGUGCUCUACAAUUCUUCAUAAAAUACCAUUAAAUUUCCACAGCCAUGCACUUAUAUUUUUUUUGUAAAUCGAAAUUCGAUAUAAAAAAACCUACCAAUCAAAACGGGUACAAGUGGUUUUUUUUGUGAUUUAAAUGCUUUUACAACUACAGUCGUAGUAUUUAAUAACGAUUAAAAUAUGUAUAAGUAAUAACAAAGCCGAAUAGCAAUAUUAACAAAAAACGAUGUUACUGUAUAGCGUUACCUACUGUUAA